CAGGUGCGUCCAGGGGCUCCGGUUUCACUGAAACGAAUCCCUCUCUGGGAAAGCUCAGUGCUGCCCGCUUUAGGAGAAGGGGACCUGGCGCUCCGAGUGGGGCUCUGAGUUUCGAACCAGAGGUGGCGGAUUCCCUGUCCGCCCGACGUCGGGGCUGCUGCGAGGAUGCGAAGUCUGAGCCUAGCUUGGUUCCUGGCAGGCGUCAUCCUUCUGGCGGCCUCAGUCUCCUGCAACCGGACCUUCCAAGGACCCAACAGUAAAGGAAGAAGUCUUAUCGGCAGAUUGAACACCCCUCCUCCAAUCUCUGGGGAAGGAGUUACAGCAGACCCAGGCUUUUCCAUUGAUGAGUUCUCUACAUCGGUCCUCACUGGGAAGCUGACUACUGUCUUUCUUCCGGUCAUCUACAUCAUUGUCUUUGUGAUUGGUUUGCCCAGCAAUGGCAUGGCCCUCUGGGUCUUCCUUUUCCGGACGAAGAAAAAGCACCCUGCUGUGAUCUACAUGGCCAAUCUGGCCUUGGCAGACCUCCUCUCUGUCAUCUGGUUCCCCCUGAAGAUUGCCUACCACCUACAUGGCAACAACUGGGUCUAUGGGGAUGCACUUUGCAAGGUGCUCAUUGGCUUUUUCUAUGGCAACAUGUACUGCUCCAUCCUCUUCAUGACCUGCCUCAGCGUGCAGAGGUACUGGGUGAUAGUGAACCCCAUGGGGCACCCCAGGAAGAAGACAAACAUUGCCCUUGGUGUCUCCCUGGCAAUCUGGCUCCUGAUUUUUCUGGUCACCAUCCCCUUGUAUGUCAUGAAGCAGACCAUCUACAUUCCGGCCUUGAAUAUCACCACCUGUCACGACGUGCUGCCUGAGGAGGUAUUGGUGGGGGACAUGUUCAAUUACUUCCUCUCCCUGGCCAUUGGAGUCUUUCUGUUCCCAGCCUUACUUACUGCAUCUGCCUACGUGCUCAUGAUCAAAACACUCCGUUCUUCUGCCAUGGAUGAACACUCCGAGAAGAAAAGGCGGAGGGCUGUCCGCCUCAUCGUCACUGUCCUGGCCAUGUACUUCAUCUGCUUCGCUCCGAGCAACCUCCUGCUCGUCGUGCAUUAUUUCCUAAUUAAAAGCCGAGGCCAGAGCCAUGUCUAUGCCCUCUACCUUGUCGCCCUCUGCCUGUCCACCCUCAACAGCUGCAUCGACCCCUUUGUCUAUUACUUUGUUUCACAGGAUUUCAGGGACCAUGCCAAAAACGCGCUCCUCUGUCGAAGCGUCCGCACUGUGAAGCGCAUGCAGGUGUCCCUCAGCUCCAACAAGUUCUCCAGGAAAUCCAGCUCUUACUCCUCAAGUUCAACCAGCGUUAAGACCUCCUACUGAGCGGUGUCAAGCCUGCUGGAUGGCGUGUGUGCACGAGGGGUGGGAAUGCACCCACACUGGGCUGUCCUUUUCUGACCAAGCUGGUCUCAGCACUGAUCACAAGUGUGGACAUCAGUAUCGGGUUUCUGCUGCUCUGAUGUCCUGGAAACUGAACGAACUUAGAGAAGCAAAUUUUAUGGAGAAGGCAGAAAUCCAGUGACUUGCAACAGCUACACCCGGCAAGAAGACUAAGUUCCUAGCUGAAGCAAUUUCUUCUACAACUGGUCCACCGCAGCUUUGAGAGGACCCGAGGCCCUUGUAGAGCUCCAAUCCAGUUGGUUGGCUCUUCAGAUGUGGACAAGACUGUGAAUGAAUUUCCAGAAUUCUAACCAGCAACGGUGAGUUUGCACUGGACAACAGAAUCCGAAUGCCUAGUGGGUGCAGUCUCAUUUCAUCAGAAGUCCUGGGGAUCUUGUACAAAGUGCAAGUCCCUCAGCUUCAGCAACCAGAGCUCAGAUUCGAGGGGGCCGCUCUGCAAACCUCAGCGAUAUCUGCAUGCACAGAUCCAUGGAGCUGAACCUGCUUCUGCCCACCAGGACACCAUAGUAACGUUUGAAAAGGAAAACCAAUAGCAAUGUUUUGGGCCUCUUUAUGGUCAGGUUAUUUUGGAAUUUGCCUAUUGGUUUAUUGGGAUUUUUGUUUCCUUUAUUACUCCUUUGUGGUUUUGUAUGUCUAUUAAAACAGAAUGAGGAUUUUGAACAAGGAAAUACAAUUUUUGUAUAAUUUUUUUACUUAUGUCAGUGUGGGUAACAGUAUUUUGCCAACUGCAAAGACAUUUACCACUUAGUGUUUUUUUUCUAAGUUACAUUUUUACACUCUAUCAUGCAAACUUAAGACAUUUUCAUGAUAAUGCAUCGUUAUAGCAACAGUCCCCCUCCCCAUCAAUCAUAUUCCCUCUCCCACACCUCCUUUUCCCACCUGAAUGCCCCCUGCUUUUCCUCCCUCUCCACCGAAUAGCCCUCUGUCUGCUCUCAGGUACCACUUGGUAUUUUUAAAAAACUAUUGUUGGAAUAUUUAUUGUCAGUUUUAUUCACCUGUUAUCAAAUAUGAAAUUAAAGCCUGCACAUCUGUUUGGGAAAAAAAGCAAAUAAGAGGCUACAACCAAUGCAGAGGCACAUGACUCCAGACUUAGGUUAUAGACUGACUGCAUUUGCGACCUUAAAAAGUAUUUUGUUGUAUGACUGAUUUAUAAAUAAUAUGUGAACUUUUAAAAAACAA